UUUGACAUUUGACACCAAUUUAUUAAUCGAUUUUUAGUUGUUAAUUUACUGCAAAAUGGCUCAAAUUUCGUCCACAGAGCAGCCAAAUAUGAAGCAGGUGGAUCUUAUGACGCUAAAUAUCCAGCAGUUGUCAACGUUGAAGCAACAGUUAGAUCAGGAAUUGUCGCUUUUUCAAGAAUCUCUUGCGUCCCUGAAAAUGGCACAAUCGAAAUUUCAGAAUUCUGGCGAAUCGUUGGAGAAAUUCGGUCCCGAUUCGGACGGAAAAGACAUUUUAGUUCCGUUAACAGGCUCGAUGUACGUUCCCGGGAAGUUGCAUGAGACCAACAAUGUGUUGAUUGAUAUUGGAACCCGAUAUUAUGCAGAAAAAGAUGUGGAGGCGGCUAAAGAUUAUUUUAAACGAAAAAUUCAGUUUGUUACUGAACAGAUGGAGAAAAUUCAGUAUUUGGGAUUGGAAAAGAGCAAAAUUAGAGAUGCCAUUGUGGAAAUUGUCGAAGUGAAAUUGCAGCAACAACAGAAUUGAGUUAAAUUUUGUACAUGAAUUAUUUAUAACUGUGUUUAAAUGUUUACCUAAUAAAAAUCUAAAUUAAU